GGAGAGACGCUUCUCAAACUCCAGCUGUAACAUAAUGAGAGGUAUACAAGCAUUAAACCCAUCAAACAUUGACUUCUUAAAGGAGGACUUGGUGUUUUUAGUGGCUAAGGCAUAUGGCUCUGACUUGCAAGACUUAAAAACUGAGAUGCGCCAGGCAUUAAGACUUCUUGAAAGAAGCAAAGCAAAUGGCAAAGUUUGCCCAACUAGUCUGACUGAGUUUGUGACGUUCCUGGAACCUUUUAAGGAAGUUUUCUUUGAACUAUUUAGACUGUGCAAGAUUGCCAUUGUUUUGCCAGUGAGUACCGCAGGGUGUGAACGGAGUUUUUCUACUUUAAAGCUUGUCAAAAACCACCUGCGCUCAACCAUGACAGAUGAUCGUUUAAGCAAUCUAGCUAUCCUUAGCAUAGAGAAGCAGCGAGCCAAAGCAAUGGAUUUGGAUGUCUUUGUGAGACGUUUUGCUGCACAGCACAACAACCUUCGCCUAAAGCUGUCUUAAAAGUAAUGGCUGAAAUCAGUCCUGUACAGUGAUUUAAGUUAUUUUUUUGUAUUUCUUUUCUGUUUUAUUUUUUUGGGGGGAAGAAGGCUUUCUUCCCUCCAUUAUAACAAUUUUUUAAAUCAUUUUCUUACAGGAUAUACUAAUACAAUAAAUAGCUUUAAAGAGUUUUGUGGGUAUUUUUAUUGACUGCAUUUGAUUAUGGAGGAUUUUCACAUAGUUAAAUGAGGACGUCAAGCAUAGCCACCCUGCUUGGACCUCUUGCCUCUCCUUUGCCCCCCCAUGUAAUUUUUUCUAGAUCCGCCACUGGUUCCAGAGCAGAAGAUGCUGUUCAUGUUUCAUUAACUUUAUGGUUCUGUUCCUCCUUUCAGAGUCAGAUUUACCCAUGAAGCUCCACUCCUGUGGAUUGACCAAUCACAAGCUUCACUUUCCUCUGGACAGCUCUCCUUUCCAAGCCCCACCUCCUGCUCUGGUUGCCAUGGUGAAUGUUUACGUCCUGGUGACCUCUGUGACCCCUCUGACUUCCUUCAUUCAUGACAUCAGUGUUGUGAUGACCAAUCAGCAGCUGAGGGGGCGGUCAGUGAAGAUCACAGACUUCCUGCAGCAGCUUGGACCAACAACUUCCCAUCAUGUUUUGGGGCAGAUAAAGAGGGUGAUAGGGCAGGUGCUGCAGGCAGCGUUGACCAAUGAGAAGCAGGAAGCCGUUGGCAGGUGUGUGUCGUGUUUCCAGAUGCUCACCUUCACUCUGCUCUUCAGUGGCUCCAGCGCACCUGCUGUAGUCCAGGUGGACACAGAAUUUACCUUCUCCGCUCUGAGGGACGAGGCCUUCGAAAGACAGAUCACCAAAGACCGGAUCAUGGAGGACACUCUGCAAUUCCUGCUGUCUCCAUGGGCACACCUGUCCUCAGGGGCACAGAGGGAGCAGUACGGUGGCUGCAGAGGGACACUCGGCGUUUGUUUAUCACAUGACGAGUUUCUUCUUCUGCUGCUCUUCCAGCAGCGCCUGAAGAAGCCGUCAGCAUUCCAGUUGCUGUAUCCCAGCUCUUCCUUCUCCUCCUCCUCCUCGGCUCCUCUCAGUAUCUCAGACCUCCUGCUUAGGAUUAGCUGUUACUAUGAGCUGCAGACAAACAGCCGAGCUGGUAACACAGACCAGUCGACCAAUAUGCAGCCAUCUUCUUCGCAGCAUGAAGGUGUGUGCGUGGAUCCCCACCUACGACAGAUCUACACAGACCCCCCCCUCAUCCUGACUCCGCCCUUCAGCCCCUCAGUGAAGGAGUAUCACACCGAGGUGACAUUUGACACGGUGAUGGUUCGGAUCCGGCCAGAACCGGUCAGCAGCACCUGCAGGGUUCACCUGGACGAGCAAUGUGGACCAAGGAUGGCCAACUAUCCAGUUGGCCUAGGCAACGGCAGAAUCAGCAUCCUGGUGACGGGGGGUUUCGAGCAGAAGGUGGCUGUCAUGACGAUUUACACAGUCCACGUGCACCGAGAGAGUCGGCCCAGCAUGCCCAUGUUUGGAGAUCAUGUGAUGUGCAGCUUCGUGCAGGACUGUGGUCUCCUGGUCCAGCCUGGUGUCUCCUGUGGUCUUCAGCCUCACAUUACGUCUCAGAUUCCAGUUCAGACCUGCAGCUCAGGACAUGUCCCAGGCCGGUGGGUGGUUCCGUGUCUCAGCUGUUCUGACAACAGGACGUGUGAUUGGAGAGAGGUUGCCUGGCAAGCAGAUGGCUGUUACCACAAGGUGGUGCCCCGCCCUCUGCUGCAGGAGUGUAUGAGUGACAGGAAGGUGUUGUUCAUCGGGGACUCAACCAAUCGCGGGAUGAUGUACUUCCUAAUGGAGCGAGUCAACUCCAGUCUGGAGGACUGGGAGAAAGCUCACGACACGCUGGUUUACCCGUACCUGAAUGGAGGACGGACUCAGGUCAGCUACUCAUAUUACCCUCAGUUCUGGCUGGACAGAAAGCGAAGGCCGACGUUCAGGGAGGCGCUGCUGCAGCUGCUCGCCAGGUCCCGACCUCUAGAGAAUUCUAAUCGGACCAUUCUGGUGGUGGGUGGAGUCCAGUGGCUAAAUACCAACCAUCUGAGGACAGUCCAGGAGGUGUUGGACAGAGAGUUUCUGGGUAACAUCCUGGUGGUGGUGAAGUCUCUGGGCCUGGGCUUCCAUCUUCCUGUGGACGGGGUCCGGUCUUUGAGCCUGGUGGAGAUACAAAACCUGUUUAAAGAGAACAAAAAUGUCAUCGCCGCUGCAAAGCAUCAUGGGUAUGAGGUCAUUGACACGUUCAGCAUCACGAUGGGUCGAUACAAAGAAUUCCUGCAGGGACGAUGUGCCUGCCACUUCCACGAGGUAGAAAAGUUUAGGUCCUUGAAGACAUCUGAUGACUCACAAUCUUUCACCAAAAAGGUCGGACCUGCUGGAGUCAGACCUGCCAGAGCUGGAUCAGAAUUCCAACCUACCGUGCUGGACACGGACCAGGAGACUGGGUCCAGUCCCCAAAGCUAUCAUGUUAAAGGACCAGUGAACCAGGUGUACUCUGAGAUCCUGCUGAGCCGCCUGUGUCCCAAAGCCAGGGACGGGGGAACAGGUGAGACUCACCUGUUUCUGGACCGAGAUUGAACCGGCUGAUGCAUAAUCAUUCAACAGUUUUUCCCGAUUUCAACUAGAGAACGAGAACAAUCAUAAAGGUGGAAUUCCAGGAGUGUAUGUACCGAAAACUUAGACAAUAAAAAAGCUGCAGAGGGAAAUAUGAAGGUCAAAAAAACUGAUUAUCAGAUUAUUUAAUUUAAAGGUUAUUUAAUUAUUAAAAAAGAGAGAAUGCUUUUUUCACUGAACUUUUUCAGAACGUAAAGUGGCGUCGAUCCUUCAGGCGAUGUCUACGUACGGCUUCACAUUGGUUCAUCAUGUUCACCAGAAAUAUUAUGUUUCAUCCAAAUGAUGGUAAAAUAAAUCUGUAUUAAGGGUUCGGAUUACCUGGUCAUCUGAUCAUAAAUGGUCAGAUGACCAGGUAAAAGUCAAAUUAUCAGGAAACACUUUCAUAUGAUCAAUCAAACUUCUCUGUAAACUAGAUGUUGUUCUCUGCCUACAGUUUAAUUUCAACUAAGUAGUCCUUCAGUACUUGUACUAGCUGCUGUUUAAUGGGCACUAACUAGUCUCUAAGAUGGUUUUUAUUACUGCAGGUAACUAGUAAGUGUAGUGUGCUAACUUGUUUCUGGGUCUAACAGGUAGUUUACUUACCCAGUAGUAUUAACUAGUGUUCAUUAAUGCUAAUUAUUAUUAAAAGUUUACUGAAUAGGUUUUAGUUUAAAACCAACUUGCAAAGAAACUAGUUUUUAACAUUCAUUGGUAUAAUUGUACAUCUGCAUCAAUCCAAUGAACACUAUUCUGAUGAAUACUAACAGCUGUAGCAUAACUCAUUUACCACUUCUCACACUAACCAGGAUUGAGUUAAAGUUAGUGUCUGUUUAUUCUUUCAUUAAUUUUUCAGUCAUGAACUAAUUCAUGACCUAGCUUAACUGGUUCCUAACACAUAUUAUGUGGUGAGCAGAAGCCAGAAAUAACUAAUUAACAUUAACAAGUCUCUGAAGAAAAAUAACUAGGAUACAUUUUUAGUUAUUUGCCACAAACAAAUCUUUUAUUAACGCUAAUUAGUAUCUGGUUCACCUUACUAAACAAGUCUUAUAUACAACAGCAAAUGCACUAUUUGGUGCAUAUUAACUAUCUAGUCUAUUAGGAAUGGUAGUCUCUUGACCAUGCUAACUAGUUUCCAAAACAUAGUAAACAACACACUCACUAGCCUCCUGUGCACACUAACUAGAAUCCUAUACAAACUUUCCCACCUGUUCAUCAUUAACUAACUAUAGUUGCACAGUAACUGGUUUUCUGGUCAUACAAUUAUUUAAAGUAGACUAAAAUCUAUCUGGUGCUCAUUAACUAGUCUUUUAUUCGCAGUAGUCUUUCAUGGAUAUUAACUAGUUUUUUGUGUCUAGUAACUAGUAUCUGGUGAACUAUCCAAUCACAGGAGGCCUCCCAAUGUCCAUGUGCUGCUGUUUGUAUCUGAGCUGUGAUUGGGCGUCUCAUCAGAGUGUUUAUACUGGGCCUGGUGAUUGAUUGGUUGAUUGAUUAUUGUAUAUUGGAUCAUAUCAGAACCAAAGACUGGAUGGAAACCGCGUUUAUCACUAGAACCACUCGUCUUAUCUUAUUUCUUGUUGAUAUAUUUUCUAUAUUUUUCUACAGAUGUUGAUUUAUUUUUUUCUGAACUUGUGUAAAAACAUAUUUAUAUAAAAUCUUAAGCAAAAGCUGAAGAAAAUAUUUCCUAUUAAUAUUAAUAAAA